AUCGCGGAGCCGGCUGCAGCGUCGGUCAGGGAAGCCGGCGGCAGAGGGCCGGGGUCGCGCAGGUCUUCGGAGAUGGCCUCGGAGCAGCAGCCCGUAGUGGUGACCUGCACCGCGCCGGUCAACAUCGCGGUCAUCAAGUACUGGGGAAAGCGCGAUGAGGAGCUGAUCCUGCCCAUCAACUCUUCCCUGAGCGUCACGCUGCACCAGCAUCAGUUGAAAACCACCACGACGGCCGCCAUCAGCAAAGACUUCACCGAGGACCGCAUUUGGCUGAACGGCCGAGAGGAGGACGUGGGGCAGCCGCGCAUCCAGGCCUGCCUGAGGGAGAUCCGCCGCCUGGCCCGCAAGCGGAAGAGCGACGGCGACGAGGACGCGCUGCCGCUCCGCCUCAGCUACAAGGUCCACGUGGCCUCGGUGAACAACUUCCCCACGGCCGCGGGCCUGGCCUCCUCGGCAGCGGGCUUCGCCUGCCUCGCCUGCGCCCUGGCCCGGGUCUACGGGGUCGAGGGCGACCUCUCGGAGGUGGCCCGCCGGGGCUCGGGCAGCGCCUGCCGUAGCCUGUAUGGCGGCUUCGUGGAGUGGCAGAUGGGGCAGCGGGCUGACGGGAAGGACAGCAUCGCCCAGCAGGUGGCCCCAGAGUCGCACUGGCCAGAGCUCCGCGUCCUCAUCCUCGUGGUGAGCGCCGAGAAGAAGCUGAUGGGCAGCACAGCGGGCAUGCAGACCAGCGUGGAGACGAGCGCCCUGCUCAGGUUCCGGGCCGAGGCGCUGGUGCCGGCGCGCAUGGCCGAGAUGGCCCGCUGCAUCCGGGAGCGCGACUUCCAGGCCUUCGGCCAGCUGACCAUGAAGGACAGCAACCAGUUCCAUGCCACCUGCCUGGACACCUUCCCGCCCAUCUCCUACCUCAGCGACACGUCGCGGCGAGUCAUCCGCCUGGUGCACCGCUUCAACGCGCACCAUGGCUGCACCAAGGUGGCCUACUCGUUUGACGCGGGGCCCAACGCCGUGAUCUUCGCCCUGGACGACACCGUGCCCGAGUUUGUGGCCGCCGUGCAGCACAGCUUCCCUCCGGAGCCCAACGGAGACAAGUUUCUGCAGGGGCUGCCCGUGGAGCCUGCCCUGCUCUCAGACGAGCUCAAAGCCGCACUGGGCACAGACCCCACCCCUGGUGGCAUCAAAUACAUCAUAGCCACUCAGGUGGGCCCUGGGCCUCAAGUCCUGGAUGACCCUGGCGCUCACCUGCUGGGCCCCGAUGGCCUGCCGAAGCUGACCUCCUGAUGGCCUCCUCGACGGAGAUGGACUGCCGCCAGGACAAGGGGCUGCUUGGCUGGGAGGGGGACCUGGCGUGCCGGCUGCCGGGCUUCCUGGGAUUGGUGGAUGGUGCCUGGCUCUGGGCCGGGCACCAAGCUGGGGUGGAGUGGGGGCCGUGGAGGAACGCCUGCAGGUGCCUAGUCAGGAGCGGGCCCCAGCACCUCGCCUCACUGCACCUGCACACGGCGCUCUGCCGACACGGGAGCCUGGAUCAGGAGACAAGACCUGGGCUCGGAGCUGCGAGUGCGUCCCCCAGUGAAAGGCCCUCUGGGCCACUCCCACUGCCCCAGGGCAGCAGCAUGACCUGGGGUGGACUGGUGUCGCCCUCAGAGCUGAAGGAUAGGUCUCGGGACGCUUCCCGGACAUGCCCUGCCGGACCCUGAGCUCAGGGCCCGCGCGUGCAGCAUCCUCUGUGCCGAGAAGUGAAGUAAAGGCUGUGGAACUGGC